ACCCCUCCGAAGUCCAAACUCCUAUUUAUUCCCGUCCGAUACCCUCGUCCCUCUUCACUUCCUCACAACCACUCCGAGCUUACUCUCAAGCUCCUCCCUCAAGCCGUAAAAAUGCAGCUCCUUGGAGGACUACUCUUCAUAGUUGGGCUACUCUCAGUUGUAUCAUCUGUUCAUGGGUAUUAUGGUGGUUGGAUGAAUGCUCAUGCAACCUUCUACGGUGGAGGUGAUGCUUCUGGAACAAUGGGAGGGGCUUGCGGAUAUGGGAAUCUGUACAGCCAGGGGUACGGGACCGCUACAACUGCACUGAGCACGGCUCUUUUCAACAAUGGAUUAAGCUGUGGAUCCUGCUAUCAGAUUGUGUGCGCCAAUGAACCCCGAUGGUGCCUCAGGGGAAGCAUCAUGGUGACCGCCACCAACUUCUGCCCGCCAGGGGGAUGGUGCGACCCUCCCAAUCAUCACUUUGACCUCUCCGAACCGGCUUUCCUUCGCAUUGCCCAAUACAGAGCCGGGAUCGUUCCAGUUGUUUACAGAAGGGUACCCUGCAGAAGAAGGGGUGGAAUUCGGUUCACCAUAAAUGGGCAUUCCUACUUCAACCUGGUUCUUGUUACCAAUGUUGGGGGUGCAGGGGAUGCACAAGCUGUGUACAUUAAGGGAUCAAGAACCCGGUGGCAACAAAUGUCGAGGAACUGGGGCCAAAAUUGGCAGAGCAACAGCUACCUGAACGGACAAAGCCUAUCUUUCAAGGUCACCACUAGUGAUGGUCGAAGUGUAGUUUCUUACAACGUUGCGCCUCCAAGUUGGUCCUUCGGCCAGACCUAUAGCGGCCGCCAGUUCUACUAAUCAAAACUUCAAUGCCCUGCCACAACUUAUCCAAUUUAAAUACUGCUAUAGUACUACACGGUAGCUCUGCAUUCAUAUAGUUUUAUUGCUGUAAAAAUUAGUUUGGGUAAUUAUUUGGGAUCGAUGACUUAAUUAAUUAUGAGCCAAUUUUUGGGGAAAAAGGGGGCCUUAAGGCUUAAGUCUGGUCCCUUUUUUUUCUUUGUUUUUGGAUUGUUUUCGGAGUGUGAUUUAUGUAUGGAAAGAGAUGAGGGAGGGAAAUUGAGGGUGGUUAAGUAAUUAUAAAUAAUGGGCAGUUGGUUGUAAUCUUUUACAGUUUUCAUUAAGAGGUGAGACAUUAUGCAAUACUUAUUUGCUUGUAUGAAAUGUAAUCUGCUUUUCUUUUAAGUCAUAA